AUGGCGCAGACGGCGCCUGCAAACGCUGGCAACAAUGCCUUCAAGGACAAGGCCAAGCCCCAGGCUGUGAGAGAGGGAAACAUCACAGCAGCGCGUGCAGUGGCCGAUGCGAUCAGAACAUCGCUGGGACCGCGUGGAAUGGACAAGAUGAUCCAGACCGGCAAGGGCGAGACGAUCAUCACCAACGACGGAAACACCAUGCUCAAGGACAUGAGUGUGAUGCACCCCGCCGCGAAGAUGCUGGUCGACCUCGCGAAUGCUCAGGACAUCGAGGCGGGAGACGGUACAACCUCAGUCGUCAUCAUCGCUGGUAGUCUGCUGGGUGCUGCCGAGCGGUUACUGGCAAAGGGCAUCCACCCCACCAUCAUCAGCGAGAGUUUCCAGCGGGCAGCCGCCCGUGCAGUGCAGAUACUGGAAGACAUCUCAGUGCCCAUCGACCUUGCAGAUCGACAGACCCUCCUCAAAGCAGCAUCGACUUCACUUUCCUCCAAAAUCAUCGCACAGGAGCCCAAGCUGCCACCCAUGGCAGUGGAUGCCGUCCUCCGAACCAUCAACCCAAACAACGCACAAAACGUCGACCUUCGCAACAUUCGCAUAUUGAAGAAGGCAGGUGGUGUGAUUGACGACUCCGAGAUGGUCGACGGUCUCGUCCUCAGCCAACAGGCGAUCAAGAGCGCAGGAGGACCAACGCGCAUAGAGAAGGCCAAGAUCGCUCUGAUCCAGUUCCAGCUCAGCCCGCCCAAGCCAGACAUGGAGAACCAGAUCGUCGUCAACGACUACCGACAAAUGGACAAGAUCCUAAAGGAGGAGCGGACGUACCUGCUCAACAUGGUCAAGAAGAUCAAGAAGGCCAAGUGCAACGUUCUGCUCAUACAGAAGAGUAUCCUCCGAGACGCCGUCAACGACCUCAGCUUGCACUUCCUGCACAAACUCGGCAUUAUGUGUUUGAAAGACAUUGAGAGAGACGAGGUGGAGUUCAUUUGCAAGUCCACCGGAUGCAAGCCAAUUGCAGACAUCGACUCGUUCACAGAAGACAAGCUCGGCUCAGCAGAUCUGGUGGAGGAAGUGUCAAAUCUCGGCUCACGGUAUACUCGCGUGUCAGGCGUGAAGCUGUCGAACCCCAACGCACCCAAGACAGUCUCGAUCGUAGCACGAGGCGCCAACCCGCUCAUUCUCGACGAAGCAGAGCGAAGCUUACACGAUGCCAUGUGUGUCAUUCGUUGUCUUGUCAAGAAGCGAGCUCUUCUUCCAGGCGGUGGUGCACCAGAGAUGGCAGUCUCGACAUUGCUCGCGCAGGAGUCACUAACGGCGCAAUACCCGGACAGCACAUGCUUCAAGGCGUUCGCUGACGCACUGGAGAUUGUGCCGGUCACGCUCGCAGAGAACGCCGGGCUUAACAGCAUCAAGGUCGUCACGGAGCUUAGAGCGCGGCAUGCAAAGGGCGAGGCAAAUGUGGGCGUUAGCAUCAAGCGCGGCGGCGUUGGCGUCAUGGGAGGAGAGGACCAGAGCACGUCGGGAGAAGGUGUCAUGCAACCCUUAUUGGUCAGCACCAGCGCUAUUGAGCUGGCGAGUGAGACGGUCAAGAUGAUUCUGAGGAUCGAUGACAUUGCUCUGUCGAGAUAG